CAACAGUACGGUCACAUUGGCCAUCGCCUUGACAGCGAUUCUGAGUUUUCGCUUGCGAUUAUUUUUAUUUUUUUAGUUUAUAACCGUAUACUGUGAUCUCCCAAAAGCUAACAAAUAUUAGAGCAAAGUGCCUGGAUAACCAGUAUCUCGUGAUGGAUCGGGAUUCGAGCAUGCAGGCGAAAAACCUAGAUGCUCAAUGCAACCCAGACCUCAAAAUGGCGUCUGCAAAUUCAGAAACUUUAGCGUCGGCAACGCACGAGCUGAAAAUUAUGGACGUAGAGGGUGGUGCUCUGGUGGAUCCGGAUCACAUCGAGGAAGUGGAGACCUCCAUGGUCAUCGUGGUGGAUGAUGACGAUGGGGAUGUGGCCAUGGUGGUGGAGGAGGACAAGCACCCGAUGCGGGAUGACCCGUGUAUUGAGGACAUCAUGGAUGACGAACAUGCUCCAUUGGUGGCCGAGCUACAGUCCGCUCUAAAUAACCCAGACGACAAACAGGCCAGCGAGGAUCCCCUCCUGGAAGACCAGGAACGUGAACCCGAUGCCAUGUCCACUAAAACUGAACCCUCCAGCGAUGCGGAGAGCUCCCAUUCGUACCACGAUCCCAUGGGCCUGCUGGAGAGGAUUGAAAUCCAUGAUCCGGGAGACAGCCAGGAUGACGACGACGAGGAUGACGAAAGCAGCAAUGGCGGUGGCGUUGACGGAGGCAUGCGCCGCAAGAUGCCCCGCGCACAGCGCUGGCUCCUCUGGAUGAAGCGUUGGCCCUGGAUCCUACACGAGGACUCCGAUGGCACCUUAGCGUUCUGCCUUUACUGCAACAUAUCCAUUAACGUGAACAACCGCUCUAGACACAUCCAACAGCACAACGUGUCGCUCUCCCACCAGGAACGCGAGUGCAACUAUCUGGCAUUCAAGAAAAGUGAGGAGGAAACUCGAGGAGCAAUCAGCGACAACGAAAUCAAGCACGAAUUCGGCACCAAGAGCUAUGUGGCCGCCAUGAAGCAAAAACGAAUCUCCGAGACCGAGGCAUUUAACAACUUCAACUGGCUGCGUUGGCUCCGUUGGCAUCCUUGGCUUGAACGUUCCAUGCCCACAGGGACCAUCGGGACAUGUCGCAUCUGCAGCGUGCGAAUGAACGUGGAGUUUGUCUAUUUGCGCAAGCGCCACGAAACCACCAAAGGUCACAUGGAGGCACUGCGCAACCUAGAUUCCGAUAAGCGGAGUCGGAAGCGAAAGAGGAGCAAGAGCAACAGCGUGACCAAUAGCGGCGGGGAUGAGGCCGAGCGAGAGAAGGAAUCUGAACCAGAAGUUGGGCCGGAGGAUGCUCAGGACACCCCUGUGGUUAUGAUGAACGGCGAUGUGGACUCAGGCGACGACCCUGGCAAGUGGUGUGCACUGAUUCCGGACACCAAUCCACAGCAAUGCCGAUGUACGCUCUGCAACUGCACAAUGGCGAUUACCAGCUUCCUACGGCACUGUAAAACCAGAGCUCAUUGUCACAUGCUAUCGACACCCGCUGAAAAGGGCUCUUCAGAUAUUCGCGGCAUUUGGGCCGUGUUCGCCGACAUGCAUCCUUGGUUGAUUGCUGAUCCCGAAGACCCCAGCAUUGGGUACUGCAGCGUCUGUCGCAAGCGAUUCAUGUAUGGAAACUCAGAGAUCAAGCGCAAGAAUCACGAAAAAUCCGAGAAGCAUACCUUGGCUUUGGCCAGCGCCAAGGCAGGCAUCGAAGUUGGUUCGGCUGACGGCAGAGGCGGCGAUAACAUGGAUGAAGAGGAAGCGGCGGCAAGUGAUCAAGCCCAGUCAUCGCAGACCGAUGACAGCGAAGAUAAUGACGAUGACAAUUGGUCCGAGAUCCAAAAACUCGGAAAAGGUUUUGCUCAUAAGUCCUCUAGCGAGCCAAGAAAGGCCACGGUUCGCGCUGGGGUACGUUUUUACCCGUGGCUUUGCUACUCCAAGGACCGAAAGACUCAGAUUUGCAAAUUCUGCCGCGUGCGCUUUCACAACGAAGCGGCAAAGGCGCGGCAUGAGUUGAGUGCCCGGCAUGUAAAGCUGGUAAAGCAGUUCAAAAUGCGGCAAGCGAAACUGCACCAGGGCACAAACACGCAAACUAAACAUAAUGCGCAGGAUGAUGAAGAAUCACAGGAACAGGACGAGGAAUAUGGAGAAGAAGAGGAGGACGCAGAAGAAGAUUCCCAAAGCAACUUCGACUUGGGCACCGUGCAGGCAAGAAAGACUGCUCGAGCGGACAAUAAGCUUUUUGUCAAGCCCAUUCCGGCAACCAUGAAGGGCAAGGUUAUGGUGUGGAAGGGCCGCUUCCCGUGGCUCUCCUACAAAAAGAACGAGCAGCGUGGAAACUAUGCUUGGUGCAAGCUGUGCGAAGUGUCUCUCUACCUGCCCUCAUCCAAGUGGGCCUCCAAGCACCAGAGGACUUCCCGACACAUACGCCUCCGCAUUGAUCGAAAGCGCAAUGGUGGCAACCCUUUGAAAACAUCGAACAAAAACUCAGGUGAAAUAUCCACUGUUGUGGCCACAGCUUCGGCUUUGGCCAGCGCCGAGGCUAGACAGAAAGCGGCUAUGGCAGAGCUGCAAGCGAAGUACGACUGGCUGGAUCCUGAUGCCAAUGACGAGAAUCACUGUCACUGCCGUGUUUGUGAUAGCCGGCUGCCGAUCAAGGUAUUUUACCUGCGGCAACACGACGCUUCGCGUAAGCACGUCGAAAAUAAGGAGCGGCAAAGGGCCAAUGCCGCCGCUGCCGCCAAUGCACCAUCAGUUAGUCCCACUUCCACCGUUGAUGCGGAAAGGCAGGAGUCUGGAAUGGACAAGGAGAGCGAAAACGAUAUGAGCGUUCGAUCCGAUGGCAGCACAGCGGAACCGCUGGCGAAGCGGUCCCGACGCUCAAUGGAGGUUCGUCGCAUAAUACGCGCCCUUCGCGACUCAAUGGGCAAGCGACAGGAAGAACGCUCCCAAAUGGACAUGGCCAGGGACAUGAUAUGCUCGUCGUUUGAUAUUGUUACACGCUUGCGAACUUUGGAACGGGAGUCGGUCGCACAUAACGAGUCUAUGGCCCAGGCGCCGCCAUCGGUGACAGUGUCACCGAUUAAGCCACCGGAGCCACGACAUGUAAUGGAUCUCUUCUUUGACAGCAUUUCGCCGACCAUGAAGUCCCUGCCGCCGGAUUUAGCCGCAGAGGGCAAGUCGAAAAUCAUGCAGCUCGUUUGUAGCUUGGAGCUUCGAGCCAUGCAGAGAAAUGCGACAACUCCAACCCCAGCUACAGUUUCUGCUUCCUCGAAAUGGCCUUCUUCAACUACGGUGACCCCAGUUAAAACUCCUCCUGCUCCUAUUUCAGCUCCCCUUGCUUCUGUCGAUGCAGAUUUGCAUUCCUCGGUUGUCACAACACCGCAUGAAUACAAUAAUGGGCAGAACAAUAAUAACGACAAGGAAACCGUACCGAAAGAGCCAGUUACCGGGGCUUCCUCUGCCCAAGUGACCAUCAAUGGGAGCGCCAAAGACCUGCCAGAGAAUAUACGCCGUAUCUUAACUUCCAACCAAACGCAAGUGACCAACCGCCUCGAGACGGAUUCCGUGCGUUGUGUACCUCUUGACAAACUAACAACACAGAGUCGGACCAACGUGAACGGACGACUCAGUCAAGGUGGCACUUCGGAAGCACCAUCCACCCCACAGGCGGACCUUAGCAAUGGUAACACGUUGGCCAUGAUCAGGCAGAUACGGGUUAACAAUAACAACAGUUCCAAGAUCACCGUUACUAAUACGCCUCAGAUGCAACAGCCGCAGCAGGCACAGGCAAGCAUAACGUCCUCGACUCCAAUAAUGCGUGGUGGUCCCAGCAGCAACGGUUGUCAAAUCACAACAUUUCGGACAAUGGUGAACCAUAACCGCAGGCCAUAGAGCUCCUAGGAAAUAUGAAUCAAACGUAACUUAAGACUUUAUCACUGUCAUUAUUUAAAUUCGACUCAAUCAGAUAUACUUUACGUUAAUGAUGAAUACUUGCAAGCAAUUGUUCAAAAUUUAGAAUACACAAACGAUGGAGCUUCUUCCAAGAUAUCACAUAGAACACUACUCCUUCAACGAACUACGAACCUGUUGCUUCCGAAACUUGCAUGUUUUGAAGACGAUUUGUUUCGAAACCAUUCCAAUACCCGAAAAAUUUUUAUUUUUCAUGGAGAAAAUUACAAACUAUGGACUUAUUCAAGUCCAAAAUAUAGUAAACUUUAUGUCUUUUAAUUAUAAUCCUUACUAAUUCCGGUUUAUCCACUUUGUGGCUGCUCUGUUUAAGUCUAAAUUCAGUUUCAGUCGUUAGGAGUGGACCUUACGAUCAACUCGAUUCGUUUCGAUGCCGUUGCUGAGGCUCCGCAGCUGGCAAUCCGUUUUGCACCACCGCGUUUCCAGGUUUCUCAUCGCUCGUUAUCGUGGACAGCUCGAUUUCACGCAGUUCCCCGAGGAGCCGUCGCAUCGAGCUGUGCAUAAAGGCGUUCUCAGGCAUCUGAUAGCCACCAGUCGCAGAGAGAGCAGCCGGUGCGUUAGCGGGAGUGGAGGAAGCCGUUGGCUUUGGCGGUUUGCUGACAGUGUUUAGCUGCUUCUGCUCGUUGGCCUCCAGAGCCUGGUCGAUGGGCGCCGAUCGCUGGUGCAGCGGGAACAUGAAUUUAACGUCCAGAAAGCUGCAUAGCUCUUCAAUCCCGUCCAGUGUCCGACCGAGUUCUUCGCUACCAUUCGCCUGCUUUCCCACAUGAUGGCGCACAGUGCUCAGGUAGCUCUGCAACUUGCUUCGCGCUAUCUUGAUUACAGUUUGGGCAUUCUUCAGCUCCAAUCGGAGUAGCUCUGGACUCUGCAAGGGCCAAUACAAAUAUUUCUUAGGAACAGGUCUUUGUAAUAAAAUCAUGAAAGUAAAUGUUACGUUAUAAAUUUUAAAGUAUUUAAGAAUUGACUCACUAAAACCCUACUUAGAAAAUAUGUACAAAAGAUUGGCUUAGAUUUAAGUAGUUUUGUUUUGUUAUAAUUAAAUAUAAUUUAAUAAACGGUUAAAUAUGGUAACAG